AAUCUCAGUGGCUGAGUUUUAUGACAGGCCCGGUGCUGAAGGGCAGGGAACAACUGAUGGUGCUACUUUGAACUGCUUUUCUUUUCUCCUUUUUGCACAAAGAGUCUCAUGUCUGAUAUUUAGACAUGAUGAGCUUUGUGCAAAAGGUAACCUGGUUACUUCUUGCUCUGCUUCAUCCCACUGUUAUUUUGGCGCAGCAAGCACCCGCUGGAGGAUGCACUCACCUUGGCCAGUCCUAUGCCGAUAGAGAUGUCUGGAAACCCGAACCGUGCCAAAUAUGCAUCUGUGAUGGAGGAUUUGUUCUCUGUGAUGAUGUAAUAUGUGAUGAAGAAAAUUUAGACUGCCCCAACCCAGAAAUCCCAUUUGGAGAAUGUUGUGCAGUUUGCCCAGUGCCUGAAACAACUACUCCCCGCACUGUUGAUGGCCUAGGACCUCAAGGGCCUAAGGGAGAUCCAGGCCCUCCUGGUAUUCCUGGGAGAAAUGGUGACCCUGGUAUCCCAGGACAACCAGGCUCCCCUGGUUCUCCUGGCCCCCCUGGAAUCUGUGAAUCAUGCCCUACUGGUACUCAGAACUAUUCUCCCCAGUUCGAUUCUUAUGAUGUCAAGUCUGGCAUAGGAGGAAUUGGCGGCGGCUAUCCUGGACCAGCUGGUCCUCCAGGCCCUCCUGGUCCCCCUGGUACAUCUGGUCAUCCUGGCUCCCCUGGUUCUCCAGGAUACCAAGGUCCCCCUGGUGAACCUGGACAAGCCGGUCCUGCUGGUCCUCCAGGACCUCCUGGUGCUAUCGGUCCAUCUGGUCCUGCUGGAAAAGAUGGAGAAUCAGGACGACCUGGAAGACCUGGGGAGAGAGGAUUGCCUGGACCUCCAGGUAUCAAAGGUCCUGCUGGUAUGCCUGGCUUCCCUGGUAUGAAAGGACACAGAGGCUUCGAUGGACGAAAUGGAGAAAAGGGUGAAACAGGUGCUCCUGGAUUAAAGGGUGAAAAUGGUCUUCCUGGUGAAAAUGGAGCCCCUGGACCAAUGGGCCCAAGAGGUGCUCCUGGUGAAAGAGGACGGCCAGGACUUCCUGGAGCUGCAGGGGCUCGAGGUAACGAUGGUGCUCGAGGUAGCGACGGACAACCAGGCCCACCUGGUCCUCCUGGAACAGCAGGAUUCCCUGGAUCCCCUGGUGCUAAGGGUGAAGUUGGACCUGCAGGGUCCCCUGGUUCAAAUGGCUCCCCUGGACAAAGAGGAGAGCCUGGACCUCAGGGACAUGCUGGUGCUCAAGGUCCUCCUGGCCCUCCUGGGAACAAUGGUAGUCCUGGCGGCAAAGGUGAAAUGGGUCCUGCUGGCAUUCCUGGAGCUCCUGGACUCAUGGGAGCCCGGGGUCCUCCUGGACCACCUGGUACUAACGGUAUUCCUGGCCAGCGAGGUGCUGCUGGUGAACCUGGUAAGAACGGUGCCAAAGGAGAGCCAGGGCCACGUGGUGAACGUGGUGAAGCCGGUUCUCCAGGUAUUCCAGGGGCUAAAGGAGAAGAUGGCAAAGACGGCUCACCUGGAGAACCUGGCGCCAAUGGACUUCCGGGAGCUGCGGGAGAAAGGGGUGCCCCUGGAUUCCGAGGACCUGCUGGACCAAGUGGCACUCCAGGAGAAAAGGGUCCUGCUGGGGAGCGUGGUGGUCCAGGUCCCGCUGGGCCCAGAGGAGUGGCUGGAGAACCUGGCCGAGACGGCGCCCCUGGAAGUCCAGGAAUGAGGGGUAUGCCCGGAAGCCCAGGAGGACCAGGCAAUGAUGGGAAACCAGGACCUCCUGGAAGUCAAGGAGACAGUGGUCGCCCAGGUCCCCCUGGCCCAUCCGGUCCCCGAGGUCAACCCGGUGUCAUGGGCUUCCCCGGUCCUAAAGGAAAUGAUGGUGCACCUGGCAAGAACGGAGAACGAGGAGGGCCUGGAGGACCUGGCCUUCCGGGUCCUCCUGGAAAGAAUGGUGAAACUGGACCCCAGGGUCCCCCAGGACCCACUGGACCAUCUGGUGACAAGGGAGACACAGGACCCCCUGGUCCACAAGGAUUACAAGGUUUACCUGGUACCAGUGGUCCUCCAGGAGAAAAUGGAAAGCCCGGUGAAGCAGGCCCAAAGGGAGAUGCUGGUGCACCUGGAGCCCCAGGAGGCAAGGGUGAUGCUGGUGCCCCAGGUGAACGUGGACCCCCUGGUCUGGCAGGGACUCCAGGUCUUAGAGGUGGUGCUGGUCCCCCUGGUCCCGAAGGAGGAAAGGGCCCUGCUGGUCCCCCUGGGCCACCUGGUGCUUCUGGUACUCCUGGUCUGCAAGGGAUGCCUGGAGAAAGAGGUGGUCCUGGAAGUCCCGGUCCAAAGGGUGACAAGGGUGAACCCGGUGGCGCAGGGGCUGAUGGAGCUCCCGGGAAAGAUGGUCCAAGAGGUCCUGCUGGUCCCAUUGGUCCCCCUGGCCCAGCUGGCCAACCUGGAGAUAAGGGUGAAGGUGGUGCUCCUGGACUUCCAGGCAUAGCUGGACCUCGUGGUGGCCCUGGAGAGAGAGGUGAACACGGGCCUCCAGGACCUGCUGGCUUCCCUGGUGCUCCUGGACAGAAUGGUGAGCCUGGUGCUAAAGGAGAAAGAGGUGCUCCCGGUGAAAAGGGUGAAGGCGGUCCUCCUGGUAUUGCCGGACCCCCUGGAGGUUCUGGGCCUGCUGGUCCUCCUGGUCCUCAAGGUGUCAAAGGCGAACGUGGCAGCCCUGGUGGCCCAGGUGCUGCUGGCUUCCCUGGUGCACGUGGUCUUCCUGGUCCUCCUGGCAAUAAUGGUAACCCAGGACCCCCAGGCCCCAGCGGCGGUCCAGGCAAGGAUGGGCCUCCAGGUCCUCCAGGUAGCAACGGUGCUCCUGGCAACCCUGGAGUGGCUGGACCGAAAGGCGACGCUGGCCAACCAGGAGAGAAGGGAUCCCCUGGCGCCCAGGGUCCUCCAGGAGCUCCAGGCCCACUCGGACUUGCAGGAAUUACAGGAGCUCGGGGUCUUGCAGGACCACCAGGCAUGCCAGGUCCUAGGGGAAGCCCUGGCCCUCAGGGUGUCAAGGGUGAAAGUGGGAAGCCAGGAGUUAAUGGACAGAAUGGAGAACGUGGGCCUCCUGGACCCCAAGGUCUUCCUGGCCUGGCCGGCACUGCUGGUGAACCUGGAAGAGACGGAAACCCUGGAUCAGAUGGUCAGCCAGGCAGAGAUGGAGCUCCUGGUGGCAAGGGUGAUCGUGGUGAAAAUGGCUCCCCAGGGGCUCCUGGUGCUCCUGGUCAUCCAGGCCCCCCUGGUCCUGUUGGUCCAGCUGGAAAGAGUGGUGAUCGAGGAGAAACUGGCCCUGCUGGUCCUUCCGGUGCUCCUGGUCCUGCUGGUGCCCGUGGUGCUCCUGGUCCCCAAGGCCCACGUGGUGACAAAGGUGAAACGGGUGAACGUGGCGCCAAUGGCAUCAAAGGACAUCGAGGAUUCCCUGGUAAUCCAGGCCCUCCAGGUUCUCCAGGUCCUUCUGGUCAUCAGGGUGCAGUUGGUAGUCCAGGACCUGCAGGCCCCAGAGGACCUGUUGGACCUAGUGGCCCCCCUGGCAAAGAUGGAACAAGUGGACAUCCAGGUCCCAUUGGACCACCAGGGCCUCGAGGUAACCGAGGUGAAAGAGGAUCAGAGGGCUCCCCAGGCCACCCAGGACAGCCAGGUCCUCCUGGACCUCCUGGUGCCCCCGGUCCUUGCUGUGGUGGUGCGGCUGCCAUUGCUGGAGUUGGCGGUGAAAAAUCUGGCGGUUUUGCCCCAUAUUAUGGGGAUGAUCCAAUGGAUUUCAAAAUCAACACCGAAGAGAUUAUGUCUUCACUCAAAUCUGUUAAUGGACAAAUCGAAAGCCUCAUUAGUCCUGAUGGUUCUCGUAAAAACCCUGCUCGGAACUGCAGAGACCUCAAAUUCUGCCAUCCUGAACUCAAGAGUGGAGAAUAUUGGGUGGAUCCUAACCAAGGUUGCAAGCUGGAUGCUAUCAAAGUGUUCUGUAACAUGGAGACUGGGGAAACAUGCAUAAAUGCCAAUCCUCUGAGUAUCCCACGUAAGAAGUGGUGGACAGACUCUGGUGCUGAGAAGAAACAUGUUUGGUUUGGAGAGUCCAUGGAUGGUGGUUUUCAGUUUAGCUAUGGUGAUCCUGAACUUCCUGAAGACGUCCUUGAUGUACAACUGGCAUUCCUCCGACUGCUAUCCAGCCGGGCCUCCCAGAACAUCACCUAUCACUGCAAGAAUAGCAUUGCUUACAUGGAUCAGGCCAGUGGGAAUGUAAAGAAAGCCCUGAAGCUGAUGGGAUCAAAUGAAGGAGAAUUCAAGGCAGAAGGAAACAGCAAAUUCACAUACACAGUUCUGGAGGAUGGCUGCUCUAAACAUACUGGGGAAUGGAGCAAAACAGUCUUUGAAUAUAGAACACGCAAGGCUGUGAGACUACCCAUUAUAGAUAUUGCACCCUAUGAUAUUGGUGGUCCUGAUCAAGAAUUUGGUGCGGACGUUGGCCCUGUUUGCUUUUUGUAAACCAACCUCUUUCUGAAGCCCCAGCAGAAAAUUGCACAUUUUAUAUGUGUUCCUUUUGUUCUAAUCUUGUCAACCAGUACAAGUGACCAGCUAAAUUUCUGUUAUUUAUUUCCAAAAUUUUGGAAAAAUAAUUAGACAAAAAAAGGAUACUUUUCUGAUUUUUGCUGUUCCACCAAACACAUUUCAAAUGUUUUUUUGUUUUAUUUUUUUACCAAUUCCAAUUUCAAAAUGUCUCAAUGGUGCUAUAAUAAAUAAACUUCAACACUCUUACAAUAA